AUGGAACUUAGGAUUGCUCCACCUCUUGUUCAAUGUUUACACCUCCCUCAAUCAUUUGCUACCUCUUCAACUGCUUCACCGUCUUUACUUAACCUUAACAAAAAGGGAGAUACCUUUGCCUGCCAAAUCUUUCUUUCCAAUGCUUACACAUUGAGAACAAAGCUCUUGACGUCGCAGUUUUUAGACCAGCCUGUCUCAAGAGGGAACACCAUAAAACGAUCUUGUAGUGAGAAUUUAGAUGAAAUUUUAGAAGAACCAGCCCAGGGUUUCGACCUGUCAGUUGAUGAAGAGAAUAAAGAACACCAAACCUACAACAUCACCACUUGUACAAUAUCUGAGAAUAGCCUUUCAGUAGGUGAAUAUAGAAGUGAUUUGUGUGGGAAUUAUAAGUUUUUGCCAUCAAAAUUCGUGUUCUUGGAGCCUAAAAUGCUUGGUAUAAGGCCAGAGGCCCCAGAAUGGCCAGAAAGAGAGGCAAUUAUAAGGACCAGCAUUGAACGAAAGGCAAAUAGGGUCGACCUUCCUCUAUCCCUUCGAUUGAUAAAGAAGAAGCAACAAUUGCAAGAGGGUUUUCGAGACUUAGAAGAUUCAGCUUGUUGUUCGGUGAAAAAGGCUUUCUCUUCAAUGGUGUACAUCAUUCUCGAGCUUCAAAGCUAUGCAUUACAGAUGAGAGAAGUGUUGUGUUACAAAGAUUUGGAAAAGGUUAUCGAUAAAGUAAAGGCAGAAAUGAAUGCAUCAUUUGUGUGGAUAUUUCAACAUGUUUUUUCAAGAACACCGGCUCUGAUGAUCCAUGUGAUGAUCCUUUUAGCAAAUUUCAGCGUUUAUUCAACAGCCAAUAAUGUUGCUAUUGCUGAAACUUCAUUUAUGGGAUCAUCCUAUGAAAGUAAAACAGAGAUGAUUUCACUGACAGAGCAACAGAAUGAACAAGAUGCACAAAUUGAUUCUUGGGCAAUUAGAUCCAAUUUGUCAUUUGGAAGGAAAAUUCACCCUGUUGCCGGGGGUACAGUAGAUGGGGACAGGCAUUUGGAGAGAUCAUCACUGCCAAUCCAAUGUCCCAAUGUUGUUCCUGAUGAAAUUUCUCACGUUGGCAAUCAAGAAUGUCCCAAUGUUCCUGAUGAAAUUUCUCACGUUGGCAAUCAAGAAUUGAGAAGUGCAGUAGAGGUAAAAUUGUGGAACUCAAUGGUAGAUGAAGCAUUAAAGAUGCAAUCUGAUUUAAGGGGUGUGGUUCUUGAUCAUGAGGCAAUGCAAUUGGUCGUGUCACCCGUGUCUGUGGAGCUUGAAUCAGAUGAUUACAUAGACUAUUUUAAGACCGAUCUUGUAUACCAGAUGGCAUUGUCUCAGGAGCCUAACAAUCCACUUCUGCUCAACAACUAUGCACAGUUCCUCCAUCUUGUUGCACAUGACUACAACAGGGCAGAGGAGUGCUACAAGCGGGCAGUACAAGUGGAACCACCCGAUGCUGAAUCCUUGAGUCGAUAUGCCAAUUUCUUGUGGAUGGUAAGGAAGGACUUGUGGGGAGCAGAAGAAAGAUACCUACAAUCCAUUGCAGCUGAGCCUGACAACUCUUAUCAUGCAUCUAAAUAUGCCAAUUUCUUGUGGACCACUGGUGGUGAAGAAACAUGUUUCCCUCUCAACACUUUUCUACACCACCAACAAGAGUUCAAAUUUUCGGAGGAAUGAUGGAUGCACAUUGGGAUCUCACAAGAAUCCAGUACCAAAGUUGCCUCAAAAGAAUAGUUUGGACCGAUUGUUGAUUGCCUAGCAUGGUGCUGGACUAGCUAUGUACUGGUGUGGAAACUUCAAGUCCUAGACUGGAUUUUGAUUGGCACAACUGGUAAUUGUAGAGAAUAUUGAGGGAGGGAGAGAGAGAGAGAGG